UAUGGUUUAGUGGACCGAACUGCAUUCUAGGUCAUAUUUCAUCAAGAAUAUCUGCGGUAUCCCAUAAGGUCAUUUCCCUGACAUCAAGGCGGCUUGAUUCAACACUUCUGCAUUUCGGUAAGGAGAGCAAAAAUGGAAGAGAAAACGAAAGUAUUUUCCAGUUCCAACAAAGGGUUAUUGCAAAGCAAGGAGUUGUAUCAGUACAUUUUGGACACAAGUGUGUACCCGCGUGAACCAGAACUGCUCAGGGAACUAAGAGAAGUCACCGCUACCCAUCCGAGGGCCGGGAUGGGCACUGCACCAGAUUCAGGUCAGUUGAUGGCAAUUCUACUGAAACUUCUGAAUGCUAAACGGACCAUUGAAAUCGGAGUCUUCACCGGGUACUCUCUUCUACUCACUGCCCUGAAUAUUCCCGAGGAUGGCAAGAUAAUAGCCAUAGAUGAGGAUUCCGCGGCGUAUGAAAUGGGUUUACCCAUUAUCAAGAAAGCCGGCGUAGAGCACAAGAUCGACUUCAUUGAAUCCAAGGCUCUCCAGGCUCUAGAUAAAAUAGUGCAAAAACCUGAUAGCGAAGGGAGUUUUGACUUCGCCUUCGUCGAUGCCGACAAGGUCAACUAUUGGAAUUAUCACGAAAGGUUGUUGAAACUGGUGAAAGUCGGUGGACUGGCCGUCUACGACAACACGCUGUGGGGAGGAUCGGUCGCAAUGCCUGAAGAUGCAGUCGGACAUAUGCUAAAGGAGGGUCGGAAGUUGACAAUCGAGUUCAACAACUUGCUGGCCAAGGAUGCUCGCGUCCAAAUUUGUCAUGCUUCCAUAGGCGAUGGAAUGACUAUCUGCAAGCGAAUUUCCUAAAGCUACAGCAUGGUCGAACCUGCAUAAUUCUUGGUUUAUCUGUGGGGAUUCCCCUUUCACCAUAUCCCAUUUUGCAAAAUGUAAUCUCUUGCAUAUUCCAUCCAAAAUAAAUGAAUAAAUGCAAUGAGACACCUUGGCCAUUCA